UCGUAAUGUUUACAUUUUAAAAGUUUUGAUUUUACUCUUAUAUUUUACUAUUUUACUUAUAUUUAAUAAGUAAUAUUAUAAUAAAUUAAUAUUUAUGGACUUAAACAUUGAAAGUGAUGCAUUUAAGCAGCAGAAAAACGAUAUUAAACAAUCUAUUCAGCGUACAAAACCAUUGCAAGCGAAUCCUACUGUUGCCACUAUUAUUGCUAAGGUUGUCACUGCUAACACUCUCGAAAAUAACAAAUUAAUUCCUGUCGGUAAAUAUGGAUUUGCAUUAGCAGGAGAUGUGAAAUUGAAUUACUAUCAACUCUUACUUUACGGUAGUAAAAAUUCCAUUCUUAUAAAUCUCUUAUUAACUAAAGACUUCAAGUACAAUGUAAAUGAAAAUAACUCAAUUGGAUUUCUGUCCAAAGUGAAUUGGCAUUUAGAGUUUGAAAAUACUAAUGAUGCUGUGAGUUUUAAUUCUCAAUUAGCAUUUGUGUUAUGGAAACUUAAUGGAUGUAAAGAACUAUAUUGGGCUGACCUUUAUUAUCCUUCUCGUAAUAGCAAUGUAGCAAGAUUUAAUAGUGUGGUUGAGAUCACGUAUGUGGCAAAUACUGUAUCAAGUAAAAAAUUUGGACCUCAAGUUUCUAGUAAUAUCAAAGAUGAUCGAUAUUUGAAAGUGAACAUUAAUGAAAAUGGUUGGGAAAGGUCAUUGUUAGGUGUUAAUGUUAAUACCCAGAGGAUUGUAUUCAUACCAAUUGCUGAAAUGGGUGCUUGGAAAAUUUUAACUGAUGGUCGCCAAUGUUUAUGUUUGACCAUGACUGUUCAAAAUAUUUAUGAAUUAAAAGGAGAAAAUAUUACUGAUGAACCAGUUAUUAUAACACAAGAACACUUGAAAAAAGCUAAUGAAAAUCAUCCUACUAUAAUUCAACCACUAGAUAUUGUUUAUGAUAAUAUUUCUGCCAUACCAUCAAAAAAAUUAUGUAUUGAAUCACUCUACGAAGAGUUUGAAAAAUUAAAACUAGAUAAUAUUAAAACUUAUGAGAGACUUGCAAAAUUAGAAGCAUUGAUUAUUGAAAAAAAAUCUGACAAAACAGAAAAUUCAAUUGAUUCAGAAUUAAAAAAAUCAAUGAAAAUUAUUUAUAAAAGGUUAAUAAAAGAGUUCCCUGUUGAUGAAACUUUUUCUGGAAGUGAAAUUCAAACAAAGAUUAAAGAUAUUUUUUAUAAUAUAUUAGCAUGUUCUAAUCAAUCUAAUGUAAAUUCUAAUUGAUCACAUGUCUCAUAGUUAUGAAAAAAUAAUUUUAUACAUCAAUUUACAUAAUUGUUAAUUAAUCUUGUUAUGCUGC